AUGUCGACCAUCAUGGAAAAGGCGCGUUCAGCUCGCCUCAAGAGACCUCGAGUCGACUCUACAAGUUUGGUAUCUGAAACUACCGCUGCAGGUGUUGUCGGCGAGGCAGGGAAUGUGCUUUCCCGGGACGCUGUGUCAGGCGCCAAUGAUCGACUGGAAAAGGAGGAAAGACUUGGAGGAGUGCCCUGUUCGAACGUUAGCAUGCCGCAUCCAAGCGUUACUCGGGGAAAGGUUUGGUUUCGCGAUGGGAAUGUGGUUCUUCAGAUCGAAAAUGUCCAAUUCAGGGUUCACAUUGGAGUUAUUGAGCGGCAUUCAAUCGUUUUGAAGGAAAAGCUCGCGAAUCUUUCUGCCAGUGGCGAGGAUACCGGUCCAGUUGUUUGCCUGGAUGAUUCCGCGAAGGAUUGGGAAGAGCUACUUUUGUAUAUCUACGAUGGUGCCGUCAAUCGAAAAGCCGACGAGAAUCUCUUGUUUCCAAUCAUCGCCGCUAUGCUCAGGUUAGGCCACAAAUACAAAAUCACUGCUCUCAGAGAUGAAGGAUUGGCGAGGAUUAAACGGGCCUUCCCAUCCUCGCUCGAGUUGUUCUGCAAAACCGACGGCAGGACGAGAAACUGUUUCUACCUUCCGUAUGAUGGUCAGUUUGCCGACGUUAUGAAGGUGAUGGUGGAGUUGGGUCUGAAGAAGUGUUUGCCUGCCAUGUACUACGCGGCCGUCUGCGACUAUCCGACAUACUUGACUAUACUCGACCAGAAUGCCGAUCUCCCUCUGGCGAUCGUUCAGACGUUGGCGCUCGGUCAUGCAAGGGUCUAUCAGGGUAUGAUGACCCAUGUAUUCAGCCACCUUAUUCAGGGAGUACCAGUCCAAGGAUGCGAGCGCAGAGGUGCCAGUGGAAGUAACACACCCGAGUUGAACGCCAUCUGUAAGGCGCGUUGCUCUGCCCUGCUGGAGAAUUUAGUUGGGCCACCGCUUCGGCUCGACAGGGUGUUGUAUCCUUGGGACCAUGAGACUUGGUACCAUACAAACUUGUGUGGUGCCUGUGCUCGUUUCUGCGUAUCUGCUUUUACGGCUGGUCGACUUAGGUUUUGGGAAGCUUUGCCGAGUUAUUUUGGGCUCCCUGCUUGGAAUGAGUUGAAGGAUUUCGUAAGGGAAUAA